CGGAGGAGGAGGAGGCUCGCGCGGAGCAGGAAGCGACUCGUGUAGAGUGUGAAAUGCACGCAAAAUCGUCGCUACACCGAGCAACAUUUUCUCCUCUGUCAUCAUGUAGCCGCUAAUAAGCCAGACACGAAAAAAAACGUCUGCAUCUUUAACAAUCGGACAAGAUCCACGUAUGUCUGCGACACUGCGCAUAUUUUAAGUAAGGGCAGUUAGCUGGCUAUACGAACAGCCAAAGAAAUAUGAAAGAGGUGAGGGGCUGCGGUAUGCGCUCUUCCGUGGGGUUUCUGUCCCGGAGAAAGAUCACCGGGCACCCCCUGAUGAAGGAGGAAUUUCAGAGACGAAGACUGGCCGGGUGCACAAGUCUUUACAAGAAGGAUAUGUUGGGGCAUUUUGGAUGCGUUAAUGCCAUAGAGUUUUCCAACAAUGGAGGAGAAUGGCUGGUGUCCGGAGGGGACGAUCGCAGGGUGCUGCUCUGGCACAUGGAAAAGGCCAUCCAUUCACGAACCAAGCCAAUCAAACUGAAGGGAGAACAUCUCUCCAACAUCUUCUGCCUGGCCUUUGACAGCACAAACAAGCGCGUCUUCUCUGGAGGUAAUGAUGAACAAGUCAUUCUUCAUGAUGUGGAGAGGGGUGAAACAUUGAAUGUGUUCUUGCAUGAUGAUGCGGUCUACGGCCUGUCUGUCAGCCCCGUCAAUGAUAACGUGUUCGCCAGCUCCUCUGACGAUGGCCGUGUGCUGAUCUGGGACACCCGUGAGCCACCACACGGAGAACCCUUCUGUUUGGCCAACUAUCCCUCCGCGUUCCACAGUGUGAUGUUCAACCCAGCGGAGCCUAGACUGCUUGCCACAGCUAACUCCAAGGAGGGGGUGGGACUGUGGGAUAUCCGCAAGCCACGCAGCUCCCUGCUGCGGUACGGGGGCAGCCUCUCCCUGCAGAGCGCCAUGAGCGUGCGCUUCAACAGCACGGGGACGCAGCUGCUGGCCCUGCGCCGCCGCCUGCCCCCAGUCCUGUACGAGCUGCACUCCCGCCUGCCCAGCUUCCAGUUCGACAACCAGGGCUACUUCAACUCCUGCACCAUGAAAAGCUGCUGCUUUGCCGGCGACCGCGAUCAGUACAUCUUGUCCGGCUCUGACGACUUCAACCUCUACAUGUGGAAAAUCCCCAAAGAUCCCGAAGCAGGGGGCCCGGGUCGAGUGGUGAAUGGGGCCUUCAUGGUGCUGAAGGGCCACCGCUCCAUCGUCAACCAGGUGCGAUUCAACCCCCACACGUAUAUGAUCUGCUCCUCGGGGGUUGAGAAGGUGAUCAAGGUGUGGAGCCCAUACCAGCAGCCAGAGAGUGUAGGUGACCUCGAGGGCCGAGUGGAGGACAAGUCCCGCAGCCUGUACACUCACGAGGAGUACAUCAGCCUGGUGCUGAACAGCGGGAGCGGCCUGUCCCACGACUACGUCAGCCAGUCCAUCCAGGAGGACCCGCGCAUGAUGGCCUUCUUCGACUCGCUGGUGCGGCGGGAGAUCGAGGGCUGGAGCUCCGACUCGGACAGCGACCUGAGCGAGGGCGCCAUCCUGCAGCUCCACGCCCGCGGCCGCCGCUCGCUGCGGGCCAGCCGGGAGGGUGGGGCCACGCCGGCGCUGCCCGCCUCCGCCGCCGCCGGCUCGGGCCGCCACAGCGACUCGGACCACUCCUCCUCGUCCUCGCUGGCCGGGCCCGACGGGGGCGCGGCUCUCGAGGAGGGCGAAGGCCUCCCCCGCCAGGGCAUGGGCCAGUCCUACCAGUCCGUGCGCCUGCUGGACCUGGUCAACGACUCGUCAGACUCCAGCGGCUUCUGGCCCGACCCGCUGCCCAGGCCGCGCUCCCCCAGCCCGAGGGACAACUCCAGCCUGUCGAGCCGCAGCUCCUCCCCGGCCGCCUCCAGCUCCUCCACCUCCUCCAGCUCCAGCUCCAGCAGCGACGCGGAGGAUGAGGAGCGGCGCAGGGCCGACACGCGGAGGCGCAACGCGGCGCGGAGACGGCGCAUGCGCUUCCCCUGCCGCAUCGGGGACCGGCCUGAGCCUGCACAGGCCCUGUACACGGGGACGGACUCCUGCAGCUACCCCAAGAUCGCCAUCGAGGACCCCUCCUCCUCCUCCUCCUCCUCCUCCUCGGCGGACGAGGCACAGGAUUUGGGUGAAAUUGGACCCCAGAUACGUCCCCCAAAGGACAAAGACAGGCUGCGGCUUAAGUCAGAGACCCCGCCUGCGUCGAGCCCUGUCCCCUCUCCAGAGAACGGGGCGGGGGAGGGACUGCUGGACAGGGCGGGAGGAGCAGCCGGGGCGCUGCCUGAUAGAAACUCCAGCGCAUCCUCUCCUCAUUCUCAUGGCAGGCUGGCGGAGAGGACAAACCCAAGGGCUGGAGACGAGGAUGAGAAUGGGACAGGAGCUAGAGCAGGCGGUUUGGACAGUGCGGAGGAGCUACACUCGCAGGGCGUGGCACAGAGCCCCGUCUCGCAGUCCUCAGGAAGCAGCUGGGGCGGCCUGGGACAACCGAGCUCAGAACUGAACGGGCAGCACCGUGAGGGCGUGGCCCAGGCCUCAGAGCCCGGGACAGAGGCCAUCAUCCACAGCAAUGCGGACACAGGAGCUCUGGACUCCAAAACCCAGGGAGACACCCAUCCCCCCGGGAGAUGCCAAAACCCCGGCAUCGCCGGGCUUAAACGGACUCGAGUCGGAUUGGGGGAGGCCGACCCCGAGAGCCCCCCCGCAGAGAAGAAGUUCAAGACAUGAUGACACCUCGUUCUGGCAGGGCUGUUUUUAAGCAAAGCGCUGAACAUCUUAGGGUGGUUCUUCUUUGGGUUUCUACAAACUGUUUCGGUUUGUUUUUUUCUUUGAAAGAGAAUCGCAUUCAUGGAGAUGUACCAGUUAGUGCUGUGGACCCCUGCAGGAUAACGGAGUUUUCCCACACUGCUGUGGAUGAGGGGGUCACUCUUCCAACCUUCCGCUAACUGCUCCUCAGAUGGCAUUUGGAUUUGCAGGGCAUCAGGGCGUCAGUGCGUCUUCCUGCCUGGACAUUUUCAUAACCCCUGCAGUCCAGUCUCACGGAUGACGUUAAAAUCAGUAACAUUAAUAAUAUCGGCAGUAAUUAUACUAGUGCAUUUGCUAAUUGUUCAGUUUUAAAAUUUGUUUUAAAUUCAAGUUUUGGGCUUGCUUUUUUUGUUUGAUAAAAUGAAAACUAUACACUCACUAAAAGAUAUCUGCAAAGAUGAGAGUCCAUAUGUGGACUGGAUUUCGUAGCAUUUUCUUUUAUUAUUAUUUAAGCCGUUUCUGCUGAUAGACAAAAACGAGAGGAGGGCCAAGAAUCCCUGCGUUAAUUUUUGCAAGAAGGCGAGGUGAUGUGUGGUUCUGUGUUCAGCCCAAUUUGGAUUAUCCCAAUUAGCUGCAUCUGUUUGAGUUGUGCGUUACAAGUUAUAUUUCAGUGUUCAGACAGUCAAUGCUUUGUCUUUACCUCCUCUCUGCACCUACAAAGGUUUGCGUUUCAAAGAAAGAGAAAA